CCCCGUACGCUAAGAGCGGGCGGAGGCCGCGGGAGCGCCGCAACAUGGCGGCGUCUGGCAGCGGCGGCGGCAGCCGGGCGGACAACGGCUACGGCAGCCAGCAGCCGCGGCGGAGGAAGGGCCCGGGCGCCCUGGCCACGGCCUACCUCGUUAUCUACAACGUGGUGAUGACGGCGGGGUGGCUUGUUAUUGCAGUUGGUCUAGUUCGAGCAUACCUGGCUAAAGGUAGCUACCAUAGCCUUUACUAUUCAAUAGAAAAGCCCCUGAAAUUCUUCCAAACUGGAGCUUUGCUUGAGAUUCUGCACUGUGCGUUUGGCAUUGUUCCCUCUUCUGUUGUUCUGACUGCUUUCCAAGUGAUGUCAAGGGUUUUCCUGACGUGGGCAGUAACACAUAGUGUAAAAGAGGUACAAACUGAAGAUAGUGUCCUGUUGUUUGUGGUGGCCUGGACAAUCACUGAGAUAAUCCGUUAUUCUUUUUAUACUUUUAGCUUGUUAAACCAUCUCCCUUAUCUCAUCAAAUGGGCCAGGUACACUUUGUUUAUAAUAUUGUAUCCAAUGGGAGUCUCAGGUGAAUUACUCACAAUAUAUGCUGCAUUACCCUUCGUCAGGCAGUCUGGCUUGUAUUCCAUUAGUUUACCUAACAAGUACAAUUUUUCUUUUGACUACUAUACAUUCCUGAUCCUGGUUAUGAUCUCUUACAUUCCAAUCUUUCCUCAGCUGUAUUUUCAUAUGCUACAUCAGAGGCGAAAGGUACUUUCCCACACUGAAGAACACAAGAAGUCGGAGUAAUUCCAACUCUUUUUCAGAACUUUUCAAACAUCAAAAUGCUGCAGAUUUUCAAUACCCAGCACAUUUAUAAAGAAUAUACCAAGAUAAAAUAAGUCAGAGGUAAAAGACCAAUAACUUAGUAAGAAUAACCAAUAAAUCUGAUUUCAUGGAAAUUCCACAAUGUAAAACAUUGAAAUAAUUUUCAGCUUGCAGUGCUUCAGAAAACUUUUAAACUUUAUACGGCUUGGCAGUUAGCCUUUUCCUUUUUCUUAAAUGAUGUGCUAAAUGGUUUUCAUUUAUUACUAAAUGCCUGAAGGUUGCAGUAUGAGUGAUGAAGUUGUACCCACUAAAUGCUUGAAUUGGAGUUAUAUUACUGAUACGUCUUUUUUUUUAAGUGCUUGACUGCAUGCCAGAAACUGUAUGUAUUGCUGUGAAAGCAAACAAUAUGCUCUGGAAUACUUUAGGAUUUUGUCAGAGACUCCAGUGGAGAAUGUAAUCCAGGCAAAGUGUUUGAAUUGAGAAAGGUAGGUUGUGUAUUUAAAAGGUGAUGGGAACAAGAACAGGAAACCAAUUAUGGGAAAUUAGGGGAAUGUGGUUCUUUAGGAAUUUAAGCAGUAAGGUGUCUGACCAGAGUCUGUUCUCUGAAGAUCUUGUUUAAGCUGAUUACUCAAAUGCUAAUGUUAAUUCAGAGGCUGUAAUGCUUAUCUGAAACAUUAAAACUCCUCUAAGUACUGCAUCCUGGAUACUUUUUUAAACAUUAAAAAAUAAUACUAAUAGUAAUAUUUCUAGUGAUAUCAGUAAUGAAUCUAAACAAUAUAAGGAGGCAGGUCACCCAGAAACAGGUGCAGUUCUCCCUUUUUUACUUUAAACUAUCAUCUCUAAUCACUGUCCACCAUCACAGUGGUACUCAUCUUUCAGUGUUGAGGACUAUUUGGUCUACUGUGGAAUCAUUUGAGGGCCUUGUUCCUCAACCCAACUUUUCUCAAGUGACUAAUGUGUGUCACUGGCACAUCCAAGCAGGCAGUUCCAGGCACUCAGGUUCUGAAGUGUUGCAAAGUCCUAAGCUCCUUCUUUGAAAGCAGAUUAUCUCAUGUGUUACAUGCUGCUUUUGCAGAUUGGACAAGCCCUCCCUCAUCUGCUCUUUUGAAAGAGCAGAAGAUCAUAGAAAGUUAAAUUUUCCUAGAUGCUUUCUCUGGGUUUUCAGGCUAAGCCUUCCCUCAGGAAGGUAGAACAGAAAAUGAAAGAACUGAGAAAACCUUGUGUCAAGGCAGAAAGCACUAAUGCUGUGUGAGCAGUGCCCCAAGUUCUGAGCAAACUGUUGAUUGGGGGUAGAGGAUGGGGAACGGAAGGGACAAAGGGAGCAGGGAAAUGAAUAAAUACCCAAGCAAAGGCAGUGUACGUUAUGGCCUUUGCUCUGUUAGGAAUUGCUAGUCGAAUAGUCCUAUCUUCACCCAGUCAGAGCCACUAGACAACAACACAAGGGCUUCUCAGGCUUCCUUCUUGAAACAUCAUGAUUUAGUGCAUAAAUGAGGUGUGACCACUACCAUAGUACCUGCAAUACUAGUCUUGUGCUGUGCCUGCCAGCACCUCCCCCUGGAUAUGGCCCAUAUCUGUGUCCCAGUUACUUGUGCUUGACACAUUGCAGCUCUCCCUAAACAUAGCCAGUAAGUGCUAAGGGCACAGGCUCUCUGUUCUAGCACUUGGGGAGAGCUGGAUUUACAAUUAUUUUGGUUUAUGUUUGUCAGAGCUGUAUUUAAAAACAAAACCAAAACAAAAACAAAAAAAAACCAACCAAAAAAACCCCCAAAAAACCUUGGGAUUUUUCAGUAAUUUCCUUUGGCUCCAUCAAAAAGUCUGACUGAAUUUUCCUAGCGCUCAGUAACACAUGUAACACCUUUCCUGUUCAACACAAGCAGGACUAUUGUAAGCAGGGAGAGGGUAGGAGAUAAUAAUGAUCUUUGCUUCUAUUUUAAACCUUUUGGAGACAGUUAUUGGCUGUAAUUAAAAACGCUAUGGCCGUAUACAACCUCAGAGUGGUUUUGCGUUCAAAGAUGCAACAAUUUUAAUUCAUUUCUCCAUUAGGGUAUGUGAUGCUUUGUUGUAGUGAUCUGAGAAAUGUUUCAUUAUACUGAACUCAUUGUUCGAAAGUGUAAACUUCCACCUCUGAAUGAAACAUCUCCUUUUGCAUAUACUUGCUAUCAGAGGAGUUAGUGUCAGUAUUUCUAAAGGAUGUCAUCUAAAAGAUCUGAUUUCCUGAUGUACUCGGGUUACUGGAUAUUGUCCAUGCUCAGCUCCUGAACUUUUCUUGAUUUGAUUUCUGUGCCCAAAUAAAAGAUUUGUUUACACAUCUGUUGGUCCAAUUUGGAGAAGAAGAAUGGCUGUGUAAUAUUCCUGUAUGAAACUCAUAGCUCUGUUGAUGAGAAAGAUGUAGUACAGAUCUGUAUUAGAUAGCAUUGGCACUAUGGAAAAGCAGAGAGAUGCCAGUAGGGAGAAAGCUUGUACAACAAACAUCUUUACUGAAUAAGCUUUAGUAUGGAAUAUUUACUUUAAUUGAAAAUACUAAUUUACCACACAAAUAAACUACAGCCUUUUAAAAGAAAAUGGAGUUACUCUUCCUUUUAAAAGAAAAAGAAAUUGCUUUGAUGGUAAGAAAUCUUAUCAGCAAAGUUGAUUUUAAAAAUUAUAUUCUGAAGUAUGAACAUGCAGUUAGUAUGUACAAGAAUUACAGCGCUUCAGUCUGCAGUGCUCUUUCAAGGUUAGCUUCCAUGGAAAUCACUGGAAAGUGAUCUUGAGUAAGAACUAGGGCAUUGCACUACAGUACUGUUUGGGUUUUUCCCUAAUACUGACUUCGUCACAUGUGUGGGUUUUUUCCUCCUCAUAAAAUAAGGAAUAAAUUUCCCCUUGUCAGUCACUGAAAUUGUAAUGUGGUUUAUGUGAACUUUAUAAUAGAAGCUUUGAUUAGUACUCUUUGUCGCUAGAUCUAGAAGGGGGUUUUUUCCCACAGUCUAUUUACUUGGUUUGUAUGUUUUCUAUCAGCAUCACCAAACUUCUGCAGCAGACGUUUUCUGCUUUGGUAGUCUUUGUGUUGUGUGCACUGGUUCCACCGACAAUACUUUAUGUUCUGCCAUGCUGGCUUUGUUCAAGUUACUCAUUACCUUCUAAAAGACCAAGGUUCUUACCAGUGUAUAGUUUACAACUGGAAUUGUAGAAAUGUUCAUAUUGUAAAUUGCAGUAAGGUGCAGGUUAUGGUGCAGGCAAAUUGUAAUUUUUCACAACGUGAUGUUUCUAUCAAAGGGUUUGGGUUUUUUUUGUUAUUUAUCAGUAGAAAGGUUGGCAUUUGUGUGGACCAAUCUGCAGUGUCAUUUUAAAACCUAUCUUUCAGCUUAAAAUUUUCAUGAGUGUACAUCAAAUCAUACAUUUUGAUGUAUAUUUAUGUCAGUGAAAUUUGGUUGAAAACUGUAUACAGUCAUUUUUGUAUUUUUUCUAUGUUGUGAAGAAUAAAAUUGUAAUUUUAUAAGUCUGAUUCACUAAGAUUAUUAUAAGUUAAUGUAUUUUUUGUAUAUUUAGGAAUCUGGUAUUACCUGGAGCUCUGAAAGAUUAAGCAUAGAGAUUUUAUGCAUGGUUGGAAGAUAUUUCUACUUGAUAAUAUACAGUGAAAUGGUUUGUAUGCUAAAAUACUAGUACGUGUUGUUGCCUUGUGAAAUUGAUUCUGUGCUCUCUGCCUGGAUUUGGCCUACUGAUCAGUGAUACUAAUUGCUAUAAUCCAAAUAAAAUAAUUCUGAACAAAA